AAUAGUCAGCCCCUGUGACCGGUUUUUCCGUCGUUAACGAGGCAUCGUUGUACGUCGAGACGCGCCCUCGUCCGACCUUGAAACCUAUAAUCGUUCAUAACGUUCGAUGUUCGAAACAUCGUCUGGAAAAACUGUUAAUCGUGCUCCACAGGUUCGACUCUUUUUGUUUUCCUCGGCGCCUCGUUAACGCGAAGCAACAGUGAAAUGGCGAAAAAGACGUACGAUCUAUUGUUCAAGUUAUUACUCAUCGGUGAUUCCGGAGUCGGCAAAACAUGUAUAUUGUUUAGAUUUUCAGAUGAUGCUUUUUCAACAACAUUUAUUUCUACCAUAGGUAUCGAUUUUAAAAUCAAGACAGUGGAAUUAAGAGGAAAGAAAAUCAAGUUACAGAUAUGGGAUACAGCUGGUCAAGAAAGAUUUCAUACUAUCACUACGUCAUAUUACAGAGGUGCAAUGGGUAUUAUGCUUGUUUAUGAUAUUACUAAUGAGAAAACAUUUGAAAAUAUUGUCAAAUGGUUGAGAAAUAUUGAUGAGCAUGCAAAUGAAGAUGUAGAAAAAAUGAUAUUGGGAAACAAAAGUGAUAUGGAAGAUAGACGUGUUGUUAGCACAGAAAGAGGAGAAGCGAUAGCAAGAGAGCACGGUAUUAGAUUUAUGGAAACAUCAGCAAAAGCAAACAUCAACAUCGAUCGUGCGUUUAGUGAAUUAGCAGAAGCUAUAUUGGAAAAAACACAUGGAAAGGAACCACAAGAUGCUCCAGAUAGAGUAACAGUUGAUCGAAGGGUGGAAAGAAACUCGAAUCGGUGCUGCUAAUUUUAUAUUAUUUAUUUUAAUGGCGCAUAAUAAUAAACUAUAUAUCAGCUCAUGCCACGCAAAAUAGAUUUGUGGAUAGAUUUAGAGCAUAAUUUAAAGCAUAAUAAUAUAAUUAAACUCUUUGCAACACUGCCUAAUCAAAUUCGAUCGAACUUAUUUGACGAUAAUUCUUAUAAAAAGACAUCUAAAUUUAAUUUUAAAUAUAAAAGUGUAACUACAGUUUGAAAGUGAAGUUUUUUAAUUAUACUUGGGUUUCUAAGGGUGGGUUAUAAAUGCUGUUUGUCACAUAUAUGAUUGUACUUAUAAGUGCUGUUUGUCACAUAUAUGAUUGUACUUAUAAAUGUGUCUGUUGCAUGUAUACAAACAUUAAAGCUCCAUCACAGCUUUUAUAAUAAAACACAAUGAAUCAAUAAUAUACACUGUUGAUGGAGCUUUGUUUCUAUAUAAAAUUCUAUGCGUUGUUGCACGAACAAAGUCAACUAGAAACAAUUUAUUUGUUAUGAGGCUGCAAUUUGUUACCAUAAUGAGAAGAGUGAGAAUGAAUGUGGGCUUUUUAAUCUUUAAAAUCUAUGUGAACAUUGAAUGCUUUUUCAUACAGACAUUGCACUACAUAUGCUUAUUUAAAUCUUAAGUUAAAAUUUGAAAGCUGAAGACCAAGAGCUUUUAUCCUAUUUGUGUAAAACUAAUUUACUACAAAUAUAAACAUUCACGAUUUCGA